GAAGAAAUUACAUGAUACAAAGAUUUCGCGGUAAAUUGUUUGACUGUUCAUUGGCAGUGAUUUGUGUAUACGGAAUGAAUGUGCUGUAAUACUUCCAUGCAAACAUCAGACAUGAACGCCAUCUCUGGACAGAUUUCAUCAACUCUUUCCAGUUAUGUAUGUGAUUUUCAUGAAUUUGUAUUAAAAUUUACACAACUGAUUACUUUUAAAUCGAACACGAAUUACAAAUGCACAUUUCACAUACGAUUGAUCGAAACCAAUUGACACCAAAUUGAAUGAAUCAUCAUAAAACACAAUGAGUAUAAUUGUAAACGUUUGAACAACAAACGCCAGUAAAAGAUACUGUGAUGGCUACCAACAUGACGGCCAAUAAUGUUUGGUUUGACAUUUGGAAUACUUUGCUGCGAAAAAAAUUUCAUUGUGAAACCCAUCAGUGUGCGAUUAAUGCUCACUACGGUGAACUUUACUUUGUGCCGGUCAACAAAAUUUUAUGACCAUUGAAAAAGUAUUAUUUUUUUCAUUUCAUUUGUGUUUACGCAGCAGCAGUCUGUGAAGUGGCAAAAAAUCAACGCCAACAUUGCUAGUUGAACGAAACAAAUUUGGGCAUUUAUCAAAUUUUUCUGUUGAUGUCUGACGAAUAUUUGUGAUAUUUCAUUUCAAAAUUUUCUUCAAGGGUCGCGCAACUCGUUUCGACAUUCUAAUUAUUAAGGAUAUUGUUGUUGUUGCUAUUUCGCCGAAAGCGUUCAUGCACAGACCAACAAUAUGGAUGACAAAGUACGAAGCAGUACCACCGAAAUAAAUGAACCGGAGGACAGUCCUCAGAAAACAUCUAGACGACGACGAACACCAUCGACCGAUCCAACCGAUGUAAAAUCAAAACGCCGAUCACGUUCACGGUCAAAGAGUCGCUCCAGCAGGUCGCCAUCACGUGAUAGAGGCAAUCGAAGACGCCGAAGUAGAUCAAGGGGUCACUACAGUCCAGACCGACGAUAUGGAAGAUUUGGUCGUGGUGGAUAUCAGCGGGAUAAUUUUUACAAUCGACGUAGACGGUCACCAUCACAUUCGCCCGGCUAUCGUGGUGGUCGUAAAAAUGCGCGACGCAGUCGAAGCUCCAGCUAUGAUCGGUAUAGAAAUCGACGAAACACAUCUACAUCCAGAGAGCGUUCGAUGAGUCAAGGUCGAGGUGCACAACAACAACCACCACCGCCGCCACAAGUUUCAGCCACAAACUAUCCAAACGAUUACGCGCCAACACCAUUUCAGCCGGAAUACCAAGUUGCUCAACCACCUUAUCAAAAUCCGACACAAUUUGGAAAUUAUGAUUAUGUACCAAUGAUGCAACCACCCCCUACAUCUUUUCCAGCCUAUCCACCUCCGCAGUCACAGGAAUACAUGUGGAGUGCCCAGGUUCCACCGCCACCAAUCAUUUCAUGUGCUCCAGCUACCGCGGAAGCAGCUCCAGCUUCGGUUAAACCGAUCAACAACAGUGCAACAGAUGAGGAAGAGCAAAAACGACAGGCCGCCAUUGCCGCCGAGAAGAAAAUCCAGCGAGACACAAUUCGCAAGCAACGUGAUGGUUAUACUCGUCGUGCAAGCGCACUGAAACGUGAACUGAUUACAUUGAAAGAGCAGCGACAAGAAUUGGUUACCGGCAAUGAUCCGCCAAGUCCAACGACAAAUGGUUUUAUCAAGGAAAAUGAUAAACUACAGAUUCAAAUCGAGAAUAAAAUCGGCACCAUUGAAAAUGUGAUUGAGAUGCUCAAUGGGAUUCUAAGCGCCGACAAAUCCGACACCGAGUCGCCAAAAAAGACAAAAUCUACGCAGAAACAAGAGGAACCGACCCAUUCGGAUGAUAGCUCACCGGAACGCUUGAAAACGAAAGUAAUUGAAAGCCUGUCAAGAAAACGCAAGGAAAGCGAACGAAACCGAAGAGAUGAAAAACCAUCUAAAUCGACUGCAACGCCAGCAGCGGUUGAGCAAAUCAACUAUACAUUCUUUGACCCCGAGCAACAUUGGUGCAAGGUAUGUUCCGCAUUUCCAAAAACAGCCAAGGAAUACUUGCUUCAUCUGCACACCGAAGAGCACAAGGCCAAUGUGAAACCGCCAGAGAUUCCAUGGCACGAUCAUUUGGUGAAAGAUGAUAUGCUGGUAUAUCCGAAUGCACCGACAAAACGUACACCAAUUCGCGGUCUACAGUUCUUCGUACCAUCAACUGCUUGGUAUUGCAAGCUGUGCUCAAUUUGGAUUGGUGAUUUACAUUGUGCCUCGUCUCAUUUAAAAUCGCAAACGCAUGCCCGAGAAUAUGAAAAAUUCAUUGCAAAGAAUCCGCUGUUCGAAAAUGAAUGGUUGGACGAGCGUCAAAAGGCCUUCGAUUCAAAUAACGGAAGAGAACAGGAACAGAGCCGAAAAGUGAUUGCACCACCAUCGCCGCCUGUAAUUAGUGUGCAAAAGCAAACGGUCGCACCGCCACCACCACCUCAAAUCACUUCAUUUGCGAAUGCGUCCAGUCGCUUAUUCGACAGCAUCCCAUUGCAAAUCAAUCAUCGUACUAAAGAUGUUAAAGAGGUUGCCGUGAAUGAGGAGGUGGAAAAGAAAAAAGGCAGCAAAAAGAAGAAGAAGGAAAAGAAAAAGCGCAAGAAGUCAAAGAAGAAGCAUCGCCAUUCAUCGUCAAGUUCAUCGUCGAGCUCGGACGAAUCUUCGAUCAGUGGAAGUCCGGAAAAGAAAACAUCGGCCGAACAGACCAUCGAUUCAACUACAUCGAUUCGUGUGGCUAUGCGUAAUGCCGUGAAUGCAGUGCCAGUACGAACCCAUUUGAAGCCGAAAUCAGAUGACGAUGAGCCACAAGAUAUUGAUAUUGGUGGCUGGACGGUUGUACAACCAGAAGCAAGAGCCAUCCCACCAAAACCGCCAACCAUCAGUGCAAAUGGCGAAGAACAGAAUCGACGCGAUGAGGCAAUGUUGUCGCAAUGGACACCGCUACCGGUUAUCAGCGAAAAAGAAAAACAACUAUUUGAGCAACUUAAAGGCAAGAUAAAGGAUCGUGAUGAAAAGAAGAAGGAAAAAUUACAUCCAUCAGCGACAACAACAGUACAAAAUGCUGUGCAAUCACAACCAAAUCCAGCCCAUCAGCAGGGUAGGGAAUCAAGCGAUCGUUCAUCAAAAACCAGUGACAAGCGACGCGAUGAAAGCGAUCAUGGGUUCAAGGAAGUGCGGGAGAAAGAUCGUCGUGAUGCAUAUCGAAAGCGAAGAUCUCGUUCAACAUCCUCACCACGUAGAGACAGGGAUAGACGUAGUCGCAGUCCAAGACGAAGUCGUAGUCCAAGACGUGACAGACGCAGAAGAAGCCGAUCAUCAUCUCCAAGACGCGAUAGACGGUAUAGUCGUAGCCCAAGGCGUGAUAGACGUAGAGACCGUUAUUCACGUUCCAAAUCUAAAGAUCGUUACGCUGACAAGAAUGAUGUGAAAGACAAAAAUGCCAAGACGGGUUCUGAUAAGCCACCCGCAAAGAAACCAGCCACAACGUCGGUAAAUACUGGCAAAAAGUUACCAUUCAUUGGUCGUAUGCCAGUCUUCAAAAAGCAAACGACAGAAGAUGACACGAAAAAGCAGGAGCCAACCAAUCAAGUGUCUCAAGAACCAAAUCUGAUUGAAAAGAAGAAAAAAGAUGAAUUGAAAUUCCAAAUCCAUCAAAAGCAACAGCUGUUGCAGCUUCAGCAAAAGCAGGCCGAAGCAUACAAUUUGGCGCAUCCAGGUCAAUUUGCCAAUAUCUAUAAUACACAUGGAACGAUUCAUCAUAUUUUACCAGCUGUUCAGCCAGAAGAGUACGAUCUUAUGCCGGAUCCAAUGCAAUAUGCUACGUUGAUGACGACAGUGGCACCGCCACCACCAAUGGCCCCACCACAAGAGAUCGAAAUAUCUCACUUCAAAGAAGCAAACGAACCGGUGCUCCCACCAGGAAUCGACGUGGAAGAGGCCGAGAAUAUGGAAUUAGAAGCAGCUGUACCGCCUCCACCGCCACCAUCCAACAAAGAUAAUUUGCCGAAAGAUUUCCAAGAUGCGUUGAGUAUAAUUUUCGAUAAAGGUGUGGACAAUCAAACUGGAGAGACAACAAAAACCGCAGCAGCUGAUGUACCAAUAAGCGCUGGCGGCGAAAAAUUAAGCGAAAUUACAAACGUUGUGAUGCAAGACAGUACGUCAAACUUUACCCAAAUGGAUAUGUCAUCGAUUGACUCGCAGCCAUCGCACAUCGAACAGCCAGAUCUAAGCAACGGUGCGACAAACAUGGAACUGGACGAUCAAUCACAGUACAUUUAUGCCGAAGAGCAUUAUGUUCAAAAUCAUAUACAGCAGUCGGUUGUCGAACCACAAUCGGCCACUGGUUUGGCUACGCAAAAUAUUCCAACGCCCCCGAUUCAAAUAUUAGACGCAGCUGGUAAUUUGACGAAAAUUCCAGGACCAGUAUUAGAAGUGGGCAGUGAUUUUGUAGUUUUAGAUCCAGACGGUAAUCGUAUCGAUAAAAUGAGCUAUGCCAUUGCACCGAAUGAAAAUGCCAUAAAAAAAGACAGUGGACACACCGUGGAAACGGAGCAUGAUAUUGAGCUGAAAUUGAAACGCCAACAAGAAUUGGAUGAUUUAGCAAUGUUGGGCAUUGACGCUGAUGAUCUGGCUGCUCAAUGCAUAUAAGGAAUGCCGCUUUUAUCUUCUUUUUAUUUCUUCUCUUCUCAAUUCAAUAAAAACACUUACCUUUGGAACACAGGCAAACCAAAACACACGCACGGAAAAGAAACCAAGUCGAUUUAAACUAUUUGAAUUUAAGUUUAAUUUUCUCUUUCAUUCUCAAUGUUAUUGCGCUAAUGGAAUCAACAACAACAACAACAAUCAAUUAUGAUUUUAAUUUUCGAAAUAAAAUUAAUUCUGAGGAAAAAUUAAAAA